AUGCGCGAAGUGAACAGACAUCAAUGGCUCAUGUUCACCGUGGGCUUUUUGGGGUGGACCUGGGACGCAUUCGACUUUUUCACAGUUACAAUGUGUCAUACUGAGAUCGCUACUGAUUUCGGUGUGUCUAACGCGGACGUCUCAUGGGGGGUGACUGUUACUCUCAUGCUUCGGUCGGUCGGCGCUCUCAUCUUUGGAAUAUUCUCAGAUCGGUACGGAAGAAAGUGGCCCAUGAUCAUAAACCUGGGAUUGUUUGUGGUCCUCGAACUAGGAUCAGCCUUUACUACAAACUUGACCCAAUUCUUGGCUGUCCGUUCGCUUUAUGGAAUAGCCAUGGGUGGGUUGUUUGGUCCUGCGGCUGCUACGGCAAUGGAAGAUCUACCUUACGACGCGCGUGGUAUCCUCUCGGGAUUGUUUGAAGAAGGCUAUGCCCUCGGCUAUCUCCUCGCAGCGAUAUUCUACCGGGCCCUAGUUCCCACCACUUCACACUCAUGGCGAAGUCUAUUCUGGUUCGGAUCUGUUCCCCCCAUUCCUAUUAUGAUUUUCCGCUACUAUCUUCCCGAGACCCAUCAUUUUGAGGCCAUGAAGGCGGAGCGUGAAGCUCGUCUGAAGAUCCAAGCCGAGGAGGGAAGGACAUCGGCGAAAGCCUCCGGCUUACGUGCCUUCCUUCAAGACGCCGGCAAGGGCAUCAAGGAGAACUGGGUUCUCCUCAUCUACCUCGUUGUGAUCAUGGUCGGUUUCAACUCCUGCUCGCACGGCAGCCAAGACUUCUACCCUACCUUCCUCAAGGAGCAAGUCGGGCUCGGCCCAACGCCUGUCACUGUAAUCGCAUGUCUCGGCCCGAUCGCAGCUCUCCUCUCCGGCCCGGUUAUCGGGUACGUAAGCACGGUGCUCGGCCGCCGCCUCACCAUGUUGAUCUGCUGCGUCUUCGGCGGCGCGAUUAUUCCAGCAUAUAUUUUCCCUCGGGAACCCAGUUCUUUGAUGGCCGCCAGCUUCUUCCAACAAUUCUUUGUCGGAGGUGUUUGGGGACCUAUUCCCAUAUAUCUGUCUGAGCUUUCACCCCCGGCUCUCCGUGGCCUUCUCGUCGGUCUAACCUAUCAGCUUGGUAAUCUUGGUUCUUCCGCAUCAGCUACGAUCCAGGCUAUUAUCGGCGAGCGAUUCCCACUUGAAGACGGGCCAGGUGGGAAGAAGCGGUUUGAUUACGGGAAAGUGAUUGGAAUCUUCAUGGGCGCGGUGUUCGUGUUCAUUUUUGUGUUUAUAAUUUUGGGGCCGGAGAUGUCACAGGAAGAGAGAGACGAGGAAGCAGAGGCGGCGCGGCAGCUUGAGAGGAUGAAGAUGGAAGGGAAGACGUUUGCGGAGAUUGGAGAGGAGAGGGCUAGAUUGGAGCAUAAGCUUAUGCGUGGUGAGAUGGAAGAGGCGGGAGAGAAGACAGAAGUGCAGCAUAUUGAUGAAAAGGCGUAA